UCCGCCUUUUCCCUUCCGUCAACAUAACGUGAUUUACUAUGCCAAAAUGGAUUCUCGGCAUUUGUGAAUCUGUUCAGAAACGCAGAAGACGAGAUCGUUAUGUGAAUCUAUUUUUUUCCAUCCACCUCUGCUUAUUUUACCACAAUAUCAUGACUGUCGCACUCGGUUGUUAGGUGGUUAGCGCCCUUGGUUACCACUUUCCACCCACAAUGCAUCACUGUUAGCAGAGCUUGUCAGGUAACUUGGGCAACACUAACCUGUAAAUAUAAGGUAAUAUAGCGUUACAGGUGGGAAUUAGUGUUAUAGGUGAACAGUUGCCGCAACUCGCUCUUUUGUCAAAUGAGUAGAAACGAGAAACAUUAAUGGUACGCGUCGAACUCAAACGUAAGGGAACAGCGCCUGAUGUUCGCUAGCUAUUAGCCGCAUUGCUAGUUUACGACGAUGCUCUCUUAACCCGUUACUUCAGUUAGCAGUUACAUCGUUUAUUGGUGCUACGAAAACCGGAGAAAUAUUCACAUUAACUGUAAUUACAGUAGAUGACUCACUGCAAUUGUUUAGAAGUCGUCGAAGGAGUCUAACUUUCAGUUACAACCUAUUUCUAGGUGUAUGGAUGCAAAUAAGAGCCAAAUUUGCUGAGUAAAUAUAAAUAACCGCUAAGAAAAACAGAGAAAGAAAUUUUAGAAAUGGAGAAGGAACAGUACAACACUGUCGUCUUCAAUGUUUCGAAAAAAGAGCUGUUCACUCCGAACAAUGGCUACAAAUCCAUGCUGAAAAGACUAAGAGCUCAAUGGAAAAUCCAAAGCAUGAAAGAAGAGCUGUCUUUGGAGAGGCUGAAGGGUGUCAAGUUGUGGAUAACAGCUGGUCCGAGGGAAAAGUUCACAGCAUCAGAGCUGGAGGUCCUGAAGCACUACCUGGAUGGAGGGGGGAAUGUCCUGGUCAUGCUCGGUGAAGGAGGAGAGCUGAAAUAUGACACUAAUAUCAACUUUCUCCUGGAGGAAUUUGGAAUAAUGGUCAACAAUGAUGCUGUUGUGAGGAAUGUGUAUUACAAAUACUUUCAUCCUAAGGAGGCGCUUGUGUCCAAUGGUGUAUUGAACAGAGAAAUUAGUCGGGCUGCUGGCAAAGUGGUUACUGGAAUCAUUGAAGAUGAAAAUAUUGGGAACAAUGCACAGGCUCUCACAUUUGUGUACCCGUAUGGUGCCACACUGAGCGUGAUGAAGCCUGCUGUGGCCAUUCUUUCAACUGGCUCAGUCUGCUUCCCCCUUAACAGGCCUGUCCUGGCCUUCCAUCAAGGAAAGGCUGGGAAACUGGUAGUGUUGGGCUCCUGCCACAUGUUCAGUGAUCAGUACAUUGACAAAGAAGAAAACAGUAAAAUCAUGGAUGUGGUGCUCCAGUGGCUCAUGACAGAUAAUAUUCAGUUGAAUCAGAUUGAUGCGGAAGACCCAGAGAUCACCGAUUAUACCAUGUUACCAGACACGGGGUGCUUGUCAGAACAGCUCAGAGUGUGCUUACAAGAAGGCGAUGAAAACCCCAGGGACUUCACUUCUCUCUUUGAUAUGUCGUUGUUCAAUUUGUCAACCGACACUUUACCCCAAGUCAUCAGUGCUUACAAGCAGCUCAAUGUGAAAGACGAGCCACUUCAGCUGAUCACACCACAGUUUGAGACCCCUCUGCCUCAGCUUCAUCCUGCUGUCUUCCCACCUGCGUUGAGUGAUUUGCCUCCUCCCAUGCUGGACCUGUUUGAUCUAGAUGAAACAUUCUCUUCUGAGAAAGUGCGCCUAGCACAGCUCACCAAUAAAUGCACAGACGAUGAUCUUGAAUUCUAUGUGCGAAAAUGUGGGGAAAUUCUGGGGGUGACUCCGAAGUUGGAUAAAGACCAGAGGGAUGCCAAGCACAUCUUGGAACACAUUUUCUUCCAGGUUGUAGAGUUCAAGAAGCUCAAUCAGGAGCAUGAUAUCGACACAGAGGCACCCUUCGCUCCGUUGUGACUGGAUUCAUGAAAAAUGUUUAAGAUUUUCAGUAUAUUGUACCUUGACCAAGCAGAUGGGAUUAUAUCUUUAGUAGCAAGUGGGGGGUGUAGUGUGCUGUUACAGUUAGUUAUGAACCAUUAGAAACUGUAUAUAAAGUUAAUAUUUUUAUAUCUUUCUAUUGUAUUUCAUUUUGUAAAGAAACUGUAAGUCACUCUUAAGCAAAUAAAGUUACUUUUAUUUAACAUUUAAAUCUUUAAAAAUAAAAAUGGUUAAAGGAA